AUGGGAUUCUCAGAAAGGGUGAUAGAUAUGGUUUUCAAAAUCAUAAGCAAUAAUUACUAUUCAGUUUUGGUGAAUGGGCAACAACAUGGAUUUAUUCAGUCCUCAAGAGGCGUAAAGCAAGAGGACCCUUUGUACCCUACUUUAUUCAUUUUUGUAGCUGAUGUUUUAUCCAAGAAUUUGAAUCAACUACAUCAGAAGCCUCAUUUUAAAGGGUUUGGAAUGCCUAAGUGGAAUUCAAAAGUAAAUCAUUUGUCCUAUGCUGAUGAUAUGAUCAUUUUUACAUCAGCAGAUGUUGUUUCUCUACAGUUGAUCUUGGAUAUUUUGAAGAAAUAUGAAACAACUUCUAGCCAAAAGAUUAACAUGGAGAAGAGUUCUGUCUACAUGCAUACAAAUGUCCCUGGAGACAUUAGAUAA